AUGACAGACUAUGAUAACAAUAACGAAGAAGAUAAAGACGAUCUGUUCGUCUCAGCAGAACAUAAAUUGCUAUCUUUAAAUGAAUCUUUAGAAAUUGUACCACCAGAAAAUUUUAGUCAUGUAGUGGGUCAAAUUUAUAGAAGUAGUUUCCCCAGAUUAGAAAAUUUUAAAUUCUUAAAAGAAAGACUCAAUUUAAAAUCAGUUUUAGUCUUAAUACCUGAAGAUUAUCCACAGGAAAAUUUAAAUUUCUUAACAGAUUCUAAAAUUAAACUAUUUCAAGUCGGUAUGAGUGGUAAUAAAGAACCAUUCGUCAACAUUCCUUCGAAUUUACUAACUAAAGCUCUAGAAAUUACAAUCAAUCCAGAAAAUCAUCCAAUCUUAAUUCAUUGUAAUCGUGGUAAACACAGAACUGGUUGUCUCAUAGGUUGUAUAAGAAAAUUACAAAUGUGGUCAUUAACUAUGAUCUUCGAUGAAUAUAGAAGAUUCGCUUUCCCAAAGGCAAGAGCACUAGAUCAACAAUUUAUUGAAAUGUACGAUGAUAAUGAAAUAAAAAAAAUUGCAAAAAAAAAUAAUUGGUUACCUUUACAAUGGUAA